AUGGCCAGCAAGAACGCCGUCCUCCACCUCUACCGCCGCUCCCUUAAGCUCUCCCUCGACUGGGCUGUCCAUAGAUACCUCUGGCGCGGACAGGCGCUCUACAUCCGCUCGCUCUUCGAGGCGAACAGACAUGUCACAGAGCCCAGACAACGGAGGAUCCUCAUACAGGAGACCGAAGACCUGUUGAAGAAGUGGCAGCACCCGGAUUCGUAUCGGCCACCGACUGCGCCAGGAGGCUCGAAGUUCGAACGAAACAUACCUGCGCCCAUCCUCGACCGUAAGAUCAUGCUCGCUGACCGAGUAGCUUGA